AUGGCCAACUGCGCUGCCAGCGUGCGAUUGAAACGCUCCACCAGUAAACUGGGUGAGCAGCAUUGGGGAGUGACAUACACUCCUGAUAGUGUGUGUGCUCUGGAAGGUUCAUCAGUUGAUCUCUCCUGCUCUUAUAAACACCCUGGAGGACUCACAGUGACUGAAUCAUUCUGGUUCAUUAAUGACCAGCCUGGAGUUGGGCCUGUAGAUCUGCAAGAGGAUGCUCAGUAUAAGAGGAGAGUGCAGUAUUACCAGACCCCAUGUCGAAUGAGAAUCACUGGUCUGAGAGCGAGUGAUGCUCAGACAUAUAAGUUCAGAUUCUUUACUGAUGAUCCUGAUGGUAAAUACACUGGCAGCUCUGGAGUCCGUCUGUCUGUCACAGGUCUGAAGAUUGGUGUGUUGAACACAAAGGAAGGAGGAAAGCAGCUGAACUGUAGCUCCACCUGCGCUCUGACUAACCCCACCUACAUCUGGUACAGGAACGAACAGCCUGUAUCUGAGCAGAACAGAGCUGUACUGUAUCUGAGGGACCGCACUGUGGAUGCAGGCAGCUACUCCUGUGCUGUGAAAGGACACGAGGAGAUCCGCUCUGCUGCUGUCUGUGUGUUUGAAGGUCUGCAGGUGAAAGUGGAAGGUGCUGCAGCUGCUCCUGCAGAAGAACAGACAGUAACACUGACCUGCAGCUCGAUGUGUAGCUCUCAGUCCUACUCCACCUACACCUGGUACAGGAACGGACAGCCUGUAUCUGAGUGUAGAUCUGCCUCCUGCUCUGUAGCUGUGUUCAGAGGAGAGAUCAGCUACAGCUGUGCUGUUGAAGGCCGUGGUCUCCGCUCUGCUACAACUCUAAAGCCUGGAGACGACACGUACACAGCUCUAAACCUCGCCACCACCUCGUCCUCUGAGUACGACUCUCUGACAGUGAAUCAGUGCAGUCACGCUACACACUCUGCCAACGACACAUACUCAACUCUCAACCCUGCAACCAGGACGUCCUCUGAGUACGACACUCUGAUAGUUGUUGGUGAACUGGGUGAGAAGCAGUGGGGAGUGACUUACACUCCUGAUCGUGUGUGUGCUCUGGAAGGUUCAUCAGUUGAUCUCUCCUGCUCUUAUAAACACCCUGGAGGACUCAGAGUGAUUAAAUCAUUCUGGUUCAUUAAUGACCAGCAUGUAGAUCUGCGAGAGGAUGAUCAGUAUAAGGGGAGAGUGAAGUUUUACCGGAACCCAUGUAGAAUGAGAAUCACUGGUCUUAGAGCGAGCGAUUCUCAGAUAUAUAAGUUCAGAUUCAUCACUGAUGAUCCUGGUGGUAAAUACAUUGGCAGCUCUGGAGUCAGUCUGUCUGUCACAGAUCUGAAGAUUGAAGUGUUGAACACACAGGGAGGAGGAAAGCAGCUGAUCUGUAGCUCCACCUGCACUCUGACUAACCCCACCUACAUCUGGUACAGGAACGAACAGCCUGUAUCUGAGCAGAACAGAGCUGUACUGUAUCUGAGGGACCGCACUGUGGAUGCAGGCAGCUACUCCUGUGCUGUGAAAGAACACGAGGAGAUCCGCUCUGCUGCUGUCUAUUCUCCUAAAGAGACCAGAGCGGUCGUUCUUCCCUCUGGAGAGAGAAAGGAGGGAGAUUCAGUGACUCUGACCUGCAGCAGUGAUGCAGAUCCUCCUGUUCUCACCUUCAACUGGUUUAAACAAAGUGUAAAUGAAUCACUGGGAACAGGCCAGAAUUACAGCAUCACCAACAUCAGCUCCCAGCACAGCGGACUGUACUACUGCACCGCUCUCAACCAGCUCGGACAGCACAGCUCUGCACCCGCCCGUCUGGACGUGUUCUAUCCUCCCAGACCUCCAUCUCUAUCUGAGUUUAACGGGUUUAACGGCUCGAUCACGCUGGUGUGCACUCCAAAGCCUGGAGACGACACGUACACAGCUCUAAACCUCGCCACCACCUCGUCCUCUGAGUACGACACUCUGACACAUGCUACACACUCCCCCAGUGAUACCUACUCAACCCUGAACACUGCAACCAGGACAUCAUCUGAGUACGACACUCUGACAGUUGUUGGUCCUCCCCCGGUGCAGAGCGGAGCUCCAGACGAGGAGAAUAACUAA